AGUCACAGAGUGAGAGAGAGAGAGAGAGAGAGAGAGAGUCCUAGCUAGGAACAAAGUCAUAUCGAGAUCUGAGUUUUCCUCCGUUUGCUUGACGAAGAAGCUGAGCAUUUCGGUUGAACAAAUUCGACUUCAUUUUACCCUUUCGAAUUCAAAGCGCUCUCUCUCUCUCUCUCUCUCUCUCUCUCUCUCUCUCUCUCGUUCCUAGUUUUGCUUGACGUAGAAGCUGUGGAGUUUCAGUUAAAUCCCCUCAUUUUUAAAAGUGAUUUUCAACCUUUGGAAUAAACUGCUUUUUUUUAUUUUUACUCUGUUAUCGACAGCGGAAUUCUCUCAAGAUGGCGUAAAGGGAAGAAUGCCGUUGGAGAUUAGACGGGAAAAAUAGCUACACAUUACAUAUUUACAUUUACUCUUCCUCUGUUUCUGCUUUCUUUAAGCUUCUCUCUCUCUCUCUCUCUCUCUCUCUCUCUCUCUCUCUCUCUCUCUCUCUCUCUCUCUCUCACCUUCGCUUUUACAGAUCCUUGACAUUUUUCUUCCUCCCUCAGGCCAAUUUAAGAUCAAAUAGUAGAAAAUUGCUCAGCCACAUUCGCAGAAAACAAGUUACUAUUCUUCUAUGGUGGAAGGAGGAAGGGGAAGAUGACUAGUACAGUUUCAUGGCUGUAACAGAAGAACUAGGCGAAUUGCUGAAGUUGGACUCACACAAUAGGCAUCCCUUCCACAAGCCUAAAACCAACUCAUCUCCAUGAGGCUACGCCCUGGUUUUGCAGCAUUACCUUUGUUGUUGUUCCUGUUUCUCGCCUCGGAAAGUAUUGCUGACCUUAGCGUAGACAAACUAGCCCUCCUUAAUUUUGCUGCGGCUGUCCCCCAUGGCCGAAGGCUCAACUGGAAUUCUAAUACACCAGUUUGCACCUCUUGGAUCGGUGUCUCUUGUGACUCAAAUGGCACUCGAGUAACUGUUCUCAGGCUCCCUGGUCUGGGAUUCGUUGGUCGAAUCCCGGUGAAUACCUUUGGGAAGCUGGAUGCACUCACCAUCCUUAGCCUUCGAAACAACGGCUUUACCGGGAAACUUCCAUCCGAUGUCCUUUCCAUUCCUUCCCUCCGCGAUGUAUACCUCGAAAAUAAUGACUUUUCCGGCAGUAUACCGUCCUCACUCUCCCCACAACUCAACGCGCUUGACCUCUCCUUUAAUUCCUUCACUGGAAGCAUUCCAAACUCGAUACAGAAUUUGACAUUUCUCACUGGAUUGAAUCUCCAAAAUAAUUCCCUGACAGGACCAAUCCCCAAUCUCAAUCUCCCAAAUCUUAACCAUGUUAACUUGAGCAACAACCACCUGAACGGAUCAAUUCCAUCUUCCCUCCAGAACUUUCCUGCUUCCUCUUUCGAAGGGAACAACAUGUUAUGUGGCUCGCCACUGAACCAGUGCCUCCUGAGCCCCUCACCCUCUCCCUCCCCAACUUACUUGCCACCAUCUCCUACCCCAUUUUUCUUGCCACUUUCUCCUUCCCCUACUCAUUUGCCACCAUAUCUUUCCCCAACCAACUCACCAACAGUCCCUCAAGGAGUCGGAAAAACAACCAAGAAGAAACUUACUACAGGGGCUAUUAUCGCUAUUGCAAUUGCGGGAUCUGCAGUGCUUCUCCUUCCAGCUUUGAUUAUGGUUCUAUGUUGUUUGAAUAAAAUAGAUGGUGGGGAUGUUGGGAGAGCAAAGGCUUACGGUGGUGAAAGGAGUGAAAAGCCUAAGGUGGAUUUCAGCAGUGCAGUGCAAGAGGCUGAGAAGAACAAGUUGGUUUUCUUUGAAGGUUACACUUGUAAUUUCGAUCUGGAGGACUUAUUGAGGGCCUCUGCUGAAGUUAUGGGAAAGGGGAGUUAUGGGACAACUUAUAAGGCUAUUCUGGAAGACGGAACAACAGUAAUUGUGAAGCGGCUGAGGGAAGUGGUGAUCACUAAAAGAGAGUUUGAACAAAAUAUGGAGAUGGUGGGGAGUCUUGUUCGCCACCCAAAUGUUGUGCCCCUUCGUGCUUAUUACCAUUCCAAGGAUGAGAGACUUCUGGUUUACGACUACAUGCUGGGCGGCAGCUUGUCCGGGCACUUGCAUGGAAGAUGGGAAACUGGAAAUGCACUUGACUGGGCAUCCAGAGUAGAGAUUUGCCUUGGAGUCGCAAGGGGUGUUGCCCACAUCCACUCUGCCGGUGGGGGGAAAUUCACCCACGGAAACAUCAAGUCGUCCAAUGUCUUCCUUACCCAAGACAUCAAUGGCUGCAUUUCUGAUUUUGGCCUAGCUCCUCUCAUGGGCUUCCCUCCUGGCCCCAGCAAAACUCCCGGUUAUAGAGCCCCAGAGGUGAUUGAAACAAGGAAGCCAACUCAGAAAGCGGAUAUUUACAGCUUUGGCGUUCUCCUCCUUGAGAUGCUAACAGGAAAAUCACCAGUUCAGACGCCCGGGCAUGAUGACGCAAUCGAUCUCCCAAGGUGGGUCCACUCUGUAGUUAGAGAGGAAUGGACAGCUGAGGUGUUUGAUGUUGAUCUGAUGAAGUAUCAAAAUAUUGAAGAAGAGAUGGUCCAGAUGCUUCAGAUUGCAAUGGCGUGCGUGGAAACAGUGCCGGACUUGAGGCCUAAGAUGGAAGAUGUGGUUAAGAUGAUUGAGGAUAUUCGACCAUCUGAAUCCGAGGAUACCAAGCCAAGUAGCCCAGCCCCACAGACACCUUGAUCGCUGUAACACUGCUGCUCCAUAAUCUUAGGAUUUGUAUUUUGCAGUUCUUUUACCUCUUUUCAAUAGUCAAAUUGCAUCCAAAGAAUAAUUAGUUCUUUCUGGCAUUGAUAUGUAUCAAAAAGGUUAGGAUUUGUUCUCCUGUUUAAGUACCAGCAACUACAGUACUCCAAUAAUGCAUCAUUUGGAACCAGCUUCUUCUGCGUUUUUGUUACCAA